AUGAAGCUGGCUGCUCGAAGGUCCUGCCGGCUCUCGCUGACCGGUUUUUUUUUUUUUUUUCUACUCUGCAGCUCAUUAAAAUCCAGUCUUAUUCUAUUUCUGUUGAUUUCUACAAAGCAUAUGUUUUGGUGUCAUUCAGUUCCAUCUUCUAAGGUGUCUGGAAAAUCUGACUACUUUGUCAUCCUGCUGAACAGCUGCGCCACAGGGAUGGACAGGAGAGAGGGACUGGAUUUUCUAAAGCCAAUUUUGGAGAAGACACUUAUGAAAAGGUCCUUUCGCAAUGGAGUUGGCACAGGAAUGAAAAAAACUUCCUUUCAAAGAGCAAAAUCAUGA